AUGAGACAAGGACAUCACAGGGGCAGGUGUGAAUCCCAAAGGCUCUGUCCGUGUGGGAGUGACAAACGAUAUCACAGACUUCUUCACAAUCCCCCAAGGACAGACACUGCUGAAACCAAUGGAGAGAAUCAAACCCGUGAAGGAGGACAACCUCCCAGAAAGACACCAACCCCAGGGAAUGGUGCACAGCCAAACUCUACUGAAGCUAGGAGCACACUGCAGUAUACAACCAUGACAGAGCCGAGCAGGAAGAAGACCAUCCUGCUUCAUGAGAUACCUGUAAAAAUCUCAUCAUCAGAUGAGAAGUCCAUUACCACUUACGGAUUGACAGACAAGGAUAAGAAUCAAAUCUGA